AUGUUAAAAAUAUUGAAUACCGUUGACCAUGAUUUAUCACUUCGUUGGGCUUUAUGCGGUCGAUUGAAUUCUCCGUAUCUUUAUUUAAGAAAAUUUGUUAUUGCUUUAGAAUUUUCUGGUUCAGGUUAUGUUUGGAUUCCGUAUUCGUUUCUUAUGAUUGGAAUGAAUUAUACAUCAAUCAAUGACGCUAUGCGUUACAUUUUACUAUUUACUGGACUAAUGUUUGAUGUUGCUGUUAUUGGUACAACUAAAUGGUUUGUACGUCGUCCAAGACCAAUAAUUAAUCAUGAUGAUGUACUUUCAAUUGGACCAGAUAAAUUUUCUUUUCCAAGUGGUCAUACAUCUCGAGCUGUGUUUUUACUUUUUUAUUUUAUAAAAACUUCUUUUUUUCAAAGUAUUCCAGGGUCAGUUAUUAUAAGUUGGUUAAGUACUGUAGUUGCAUCACGUGUUUUAUUAGGACGUCAUUAUAUAUCGGAUGUUUUAGCUGGAGUUGUGUUUGGAGUUUUUGAAUGUACAGCUAUUGUACGUCUUACACCUUUUGUAACUCAACUUAUUUUUUCUAUUUUUGAUGUUCCACAUUGA